AUGGCUUUCCUUUGGAUCCUGCCCUGUCUGGCUUUCAUCAGCACCGCCUGGGCAGGCUGCGGCACCCCUGCCAUUCAGCCAAUCAUCAGUGGCUAUGCCCGGAUUGUGAAUGGUGAGGAGGCGAUUCCUGGUUCCUGGCCCUGGCAAGUCUCCCUGCAGGAUAACACUGGGUUCCAUUUCUGUGGCGGCUCCCUGAUCAGUGAAGACUGGGUGGUGACUGCAGCCCACUGUGGGGUCAAGACAACUGACCGUGUGGUGCUGGGUGCAUUUGACCUGGGCUUUCUAGAAGAGGAUGUGCAAGUCCUGAAAAUUGCCCAGGUUUUCAAGAACCGCAAUUUCAACAUGCUCACACUCAGAGAUGACAUCACUCUGCUGAAACUGGCCACUCCAGCCAAAAUGACGGCCCGUGUGUCUCCUGUGUGCCUGCCUAAAGCCACUGAACACUUCUCUGGAGGCAUAACCUGUGUCACCACAGGGUGGGGCCUGACCAACCCCAAUGCUCAGAAGACCCCUGACAAGCUGCAGCAGGUGGCCCUUCCACUCCUGACUAAAGUACAGUGCAAGUCAUACUGGAGCUACAGGAUCAAAGAUUGCAUGGUCUGCGCAGGUGCCGAGGGAGCCUCCUCCUGCAUGGGUGACUCUGGUGGCCCCCUGGUGUGCCAGAAGGAUGGCAUCUGGACCCUGGUGGGGAUCGUCUCUUGGGGAAGCAAUACCUGCUCCCCCUCCAGCCCUGGUGUUUACACCCGUGUCUCCAAGCUCAGGCCCUGGAUCAAUGAGAUCAUAGCAGCCAAUUAA